CUGCCUUUUCCACCACCUUCUGUUUUCUCCUUGUUGGUUGAAUACAGUGCUUUCGACAUGAAAGCACCUAUCUUUUCAUGUCUACAUGCACUUAAUGUCUCUUAUCUCACUUGGGUUUGUUCAUGUACUAUCCAAACAUCUCUCUCUCUCUUUCUCAAACAAUAGGUUGUUGGGCUUUCAUUACUAGAACAUAGGACUUGUUCUUUUUAUUUUUUAAUUGUUUGGAAGGUGGGAUUUUUGAGAGAGAUGGGGUCUUUGGGUUGUGAAAUUGUCAAAAACAAAGCUAUGUGGUUAUAUCCAAAGGUUAUGGGAUUUAAUCCUUGUGAGAGAUGGGGACACUCAGCUUGCUCUUCUAAUGGCGUUGUUUAUGUUUUUGGGGGCUGUUGUGGUGGGUUGCAUUUCAGCGAUAUCCUAAUGCUCGAGUUCGAUGCAAUGGCAUGGACUGCAUUAGUAACCACAGGCCAGCAGCCUGGUAAAAGGGACAGCCACAGUGCAGUGCUUGUAGGGCAUAAGAUGAUAGUAUUAGGGGGUACUAAUGGUUCUAAGAAGGUGAAUGAUCUUCAUAUUUUGGAUCUUAGGACCAAAGAAUGGAGCCAGCCCACUUGCGAAGGGGUCUCACCUUCACCUCGCGAAAGUCACACUGCUACAAUCGUAGGCGAAAAUAAACUUGUGGUAUUUGGUGGUAGUGGAGAAGGGGAGGCGAACUACUUGAAUGACAUACAUGUUCUAGACCUUAAUACCAUGAAAUGGACUUCUCCAGAGGUGAAGGGUGAUCUUCCGGUGCCGAGGGAUAGCCACACGGCUGUUGCAAUCGAGAACAAACUUGUCGUAUAUGGUGGAGAUUGUGGAGAUCGAUAUCACGGCGAGGUAGAAGUUCUUGACAUGGGCAUGCUUACUUGGUCGAAGUUAGCAGUUCAAGGGCCUUCACCUGGGGCUAGAGCAGGUCACACAGCUGUAAAUAUCGGGACCAAGGUUUACGUCAUAGGUGGCGUUGGGGAUAAGCAUUACUACAACGAUGUUUGGGUUCUGGACUUGCAUACCUGUUCAUGGACUCAGCUCGAUAUAUGCUGCCACCAACCACAAGGGCGGUUUUCUCAUAGUGCCGCAGUUAUCAAUUCGAGCAUUGUCAUCUAUGGAGGAUGUGGAGAAGAUGAGCAUCCUAUAAAUGAAUUGCUUGUACUUCAACUAGGAGCCAAUCAUCCGAAUGGCCGUCACAACAUUUCCUUAUGCAAGAUUUUCAGUAAUCACUGCAACCAAGAAAAGCCAAGAUACUUCAGAGAAAUGGAGAAUUCAAUUAAGAAGAAUACAAACAUGGUAUUUGGAAAUGGAGAACCGAAUUUUCAUGCAAAGAGGAGGAAGUCCGUCGAUCAUAAGGUGUGGGCGGUUGAAUCGGAACAAGAAGAGCAUUCUCUUUCCCUAUCACAGCAUUCAUCUCCCACCCAAUCCGAUCAAGAACAGACACAGACAACGGUUUGUAAGCCGUCAUCUGCAGCUUCCGAUUCAAUCAUGGUCUCUCUGCCUUUUGGUUUGUUCAAGCAGCAGAAUCAGACCAGCAACCAAACAGAGCAGUGGAACAGCGUUGGAAGGUCUGAUCAGGAUUUCCAUUUCAUGGGUGGCGAGUUUCAGAGACAGCGAAAGCCAGAACAGCGUCUCCAUGUGGUCCACUCCGGAAGGCAACAAGUGCAGUUCGCACCGUCUGAUCAAAAGCUUCCUCAGAGAUCAACAGCUCCCACAUUGAUUGGAGCUGAGGUCCACGGCAUGAUCGAUGGGGCUUUUGAUUCUGGGUACCUCAUGACCGCUAAAGUUAACGGACAGAUACUCAGAGGGGUCUUAUUCACACCUGGGCAUAGUUUUGUCACGAAAGCAGUUCUUCCCAAGAAUCCAUCUCUAGCCAGUCCAAAUGCUAUUGCCCAACCGUAUUUGCGGCCCACCCACACUUGUACCGCUCGUGUCACACCUCAGCAACAGGCAACAAUCAUGCUGCCAGAAUCUGGUUAUCGUGUCCAUCAAGAUCAACCGCUGUCCAUCAUCAGAUCCACGCCGUCCUUACCCAAACGAUCAAUGCUUAGUAGUGAUCUUCAAGACGUUGUUCUGACAUUGGGUGGAUCGGGAAGUUGUCGUGGCGGGCCAUAAAAGUGAUCUACAAGGAUGUUCAUGUUAGGCUCUUUUUUCUUUCCCUUUGUACAUCUCAGUGAGUUUGAACAUAAAAGAGUUUUUUGUGAUCUUGGCAUUGACGCCGACAAUGCAUUGGUUCUUCACCGAUCUUCCAAA